AUGCACCCACCCUCGAAAGCUCAUAACCACAGCAGUAUAAGUCAGUACGAGACUGGGUCUGAUGGCGAACGGGAGAUCUUGCCAGACACCACAGUCGGGAUUCUGCGUCGCAUGGCAGAAGAGAUCAAAUGUCCCAUCUGCUUAGGAACGAUGGAGAGACCCGUGUCAACAGGCUGCAACCACACCUUCUGCCACGAGUGCAUCCUCCACGCGCUGAGCCGCAGCGCCGGUUGUCCGUUGUGCAAAUCGCCUGUCCAUAAGCGAGGGUUGAACAGGGUGGACCACCUUGAGCAGGUCAUCGAGGCCUUCAACCAGCUCAAGGAGGCGUUUGAACAAGAGGAUGGCCACACAUUGUCCCAGGCACCUAGGCAUUUUGAGACUGAACCCCAGGAGAACUUGACACAGCUGUACCCAUACCCUGAAAAGGCGGACGAACCUUCUUCAACAGAGCAGAGUCAAUAUGGUGAAGAAAACGACAUGGACUGCUUUGAUGUGGAUCUGGACAGCGUGUCUGCAGAUCAAGCGGCUCUUCUGGCAGAAAAGAUGUUGGCCAUGAUCUUUCUCGAACCACCGAACGAGUCGGCUUCACAUCAAGCUUCAUCUUCUUCUCGCAGAGCCGAUCACCUUGUGCCACAGAGUCAUUCACCAACACAUGCAGUCGUUGUGAAACAGGAGAGCGACGCCGACGAUGAUGAGGAUGAGGCAACACAACCCCGGCAAGACCACACACAAGUUAAGGCAGAACCAACGUCUAGCCUCGACAUGUUUUUCAGCGGUCCUACUCAGGAGAGAGCAUCCAAAGAGAUUAAUGUUGUCAUCUGCGGGACAUAUCUUUCACCGCAGAAGAAGACGCGGAUGGACAGUGUAUCCAAGAGCCUCAAAGGCAAGACGAUCAACGAUCUGACGAGGAUUCUGGCAUCGCAAGAGGCAGGAUACUGGGUUGACGAGAGUUCGUACCAGAUUGCCGAUAAUGAGAUGAAAUGCAACCCAGCAAAACUCUCCCGAGCUAGUCGUUCACGAGGGGAUCGUCCAUUGUUCACAAAUUAUGAGUUUCAACUCGCUGGCCCAUUUGUGACGCCGACAAGGGACGAAAUGGAGCUGAUGAUCAAGAUUGGGGGUGGGACCGCUGUCCCUAGGCUAUCUCAGCGCGAUCGAUCUACAGCGGCCAAUGACGGUGGUAACACUAAACAUGUGCUGUUGUAUGACCAGACCAACGAUGGAGUGUUGAGUCUCAAGAAACUCAAGGUGGAGAUCGAAUCGGUUCAGGAGCAGGCACUGUCGAUUGGAAAGACGGUUUCUAUAGUCCCUUGCAAGGUUCUGCUGGAUUGCAUUUCUCAGUAUGAUAUGGACAAGAUGGUAGAAACCAUUCCCUCGUGA